ACACUGCCUCUGAUGGUGCCGGAUGGAGCCGCGCUAGCAGCCGCGCUUCAUAGUUGGUUCUUUAUAUACAAAAGACUUUAUUCUGUGCUUCAUCCGACGUCUGCUUCAUCACGACUGGACUGGAGAGGCGCGCGGACGUUCCAGAAUCAGAAUACUACUAUUGCGCUGUUCCUUCGUGCUUCUAUCUCUGACCGUUAAGUGCGAAGUGCUCACAGCGGGGCAAGAAAAUGAACGUGAAAGAGACGGACGAACAGCAAAAGCUGCGCUUCCAGAUUGAACUAGAGUUUGUUCAGUGCCUGGCAAACCCGAACUACCUGAACUUCCUUGCACAACGAGGUUACCUCAAGCAGAAGACGUUUGUGAAUUACCUGAACUAUCUGCAGUACUGGAAGAAGCCGGAAUACUCCAGGUACCUCAAGUACCCGAUGUGCCUUUACUUCCUAGAGUUGCUCCAAUAUGAACACUUCCGACGCGAGAUAUCCAACGCACAAUGCGCAAAGUUCAUCGAGGACCAACAGCUCCUGCAUUGGCAGCAUUACACUCGGAAACGCAUGAGACUGCUACAGCAGCCGGCCACAGAAGCCGCUGCCGCGGCUCCCACCAGCGCUGCCGCUGCAGCAGUUGCUGCGCCACAAGCUCCGACGCAAAAGUGAACAAGAAACGGAACUGAACGCAUUUUUGCCCUCUUUUCACUUAUUACUGGCCCCCGGCGCCACUGCUGUGCCGUCACGUAAUCCUGCUUGUGGCCCAGCUACCUGUCAGUUCGUCACGAUGCGCCUGUUGACGGACUCUUCUUCCGUUAUGCGGUUGUAGACCCGGAAUCUCGUGAACUGUGGGUUUGCAGGUACUAAAGUGCAGGGUCGAAGUGGCUGUGAACACAUCGGAAAGUGCGCGUGCAACUUGUUCUCGUUCCCUAGUGAAAUGGCCUCUCCCGAGCGUCUAGCUGCUGUUGAGUGUAGAGAACAGGUGCGCCUGUAUAGUGCAGCCCUUUCAAGCACUGGUGCGCUUUGAAUAAAAUGUAUUGAUGCAGA